GGCGCGUGCGCAGGCAUUCUGGGCCGCAGCGAGCAGAACGCUGAGCGGUGGCUGGCUGUGGGCACCAUGAGACGCGGGGAGGAGUGGUCCCAGGCCGGGGGUGCCGGCGCUGGCGUCUCCGAGCUGGAGGUGCUGAAGCUGCGCGCUGCAGAGCGCAUCGAUGAGGCAGCCGAGCGGCUGGGGGCCCUGAGCAGCGCGAUCUGGAGCGAGCCCGAGCUGGCCUACGAGGAGCGCCAUGCCCACAGCAUACUGACGCGCUUUUUCGAGCAUGAGCCGCCAGCCGCCGCCUGGAAGGUGCAGCCUCACUACGAGCUGCCUACGGCCUUCCGGGCCGAGUGGGAGCCGGCGGGCGGCCCGGAAGCGCCGAGCGCCGGGCCGCGGCCGCUGCACUUGGGCUUCCUCUGCGAGUACGACGCGCUGCCCGGCAUCGGGCACGCCUGCGGCCACAACCUGAUUGCCGAGGUCGGCGCGGCGGCCGCGCUGGGCGUAAAGGGGGCCCUCGAGAGCCUCCUCGGGCCGCCUCCGCCGGUGAAGGUAAUUGUCUUGGGAACACCUGCAGAAGAAGAUGGUGGUGGGAAAAUUGAUUUAAUUGAAGCAGGAGCUUUUAAAAAUCUUGAUGUUGUUUUUAUGGCCCAUCCAUCCCAAGAAAAUGCUGCUUAUCUACCUGAUGUUGCUGAACAUGAUGUGACUGUGAAAUACUAUGGAAAAGCAUCUCAUGCUGCUGCUUAUCCCUGGGAAGGAGUAAAUGCGUUAGAUGCUGCUGUUCUCGCCUACAACAAUCUGUCUGUGUUAAGACAACAAAUGAAACCAACUUGGAGAGUUCAUGGUAUAAUAAAAAAUGGUGGUGUAAAACCCAAUAUCAUUCCCUCUUAUUCUGAAUUAAUCUAUUACAUCCGUGCGCCCUCAAUGAAAGAACUUCCAGUUUUGACCAAAAAGGCAGAAGAUUGCUUCAGAGCGGCAGCUUUGGCUACUGGGUGUACAGUAGAAAUUAAAGGUGGAAAACAUGAUUACUACAAUGUUCUUCCCAAUAAAAGCCUAUGGAAAGCUUAUAUGGAAAAUGGAAAAAAGCUGGGAAUCGACUUCAUUUCAGAAGAUGCAAUGUUGAAUAGCCCAUCAGGAUCUACUGAUUUUGGAAAUGUUUCUUUUGUGGUCCCUGGAAUUCAUCCAUACUUUUACAUCGGCUCUGACGCCCUGAAUCACACUGAACAAUAUACUGAAGCUGCAGGAUCACAAAAAGCUCAGUUCUACACUUUGCGUACAGCCAAAGCUCUGGCAAUGACAGCAUUGGAUGUUAUUUUUAAGCCAGAGUUGCUAGAAAGAAUCAGAGAGGACUUCAGAUUAAAACUUCAAGAAGAAGAGUUCUUAAAUACAGUAAAAUAAAAGGAAGAUUAGGAGCCGCUUAUGAAUCAUUAAGAAGAGUUGAUGACUUUUUGUCUUUGAUAUUUUUAAUGGAGGACAUGCUUGUUUUUUAAUCUUAGAGGAAUCAAGUCCCUUCUGCAUGAAAAGCGAGGACAUGAUGUGAAGAAAGCACAUUACUUCGUAUCCAAAAUGAAAAUUUUCACAAAUCUAUGCUUGAUGGAAUUGUGAACAUUCAAGAACUCAUGUGUAAUGGCACUUCUUAAACACUCUCGGUGAUAACAUGGUUUAUCAGUGAUAGUAUUUUAUAAAUUCAUAUGCUAUAUAGGUGCAUUUAAAAAGGUCUUCAGACAUUUAAAACUCUAUAUCCAGAAUUGACACACAUGAAAGAGUCCUUUGGCAUAGGGUGGUAAAACUGUUCUGUAAAGUAAUUUUAAAAUUCAAUUUGUAAAUUCAGGGAAAGUUCAUUUUGAAUAUCUGACUUUAUUUGUUUGGUUUCAUUUAUAAUAAACGUAGGCUUUGUAAAUCAGAAAUGCUUGCAUGAAGUAUCUAGAAACUCAAGUACAUAGAAUAAGCCUUGGUUCUACCAUUUGACGGGAAAUGGGAAUGUUUUAUCUUUUUAUAAUUAGCUCUGAGAAGUGACAUUAAAGUGCUAUUCCUAAUUCAAUACUACAGCAAUAGAAAAAAUUAUAGACAGGUAGAAUUGGGCUCUUCCUUUAAGAUAUUUGCCUGGUAGCCCAGUGUGUCCUAGGAAGACUUGAUGACAGAGACACAAUGACUGUACCUGGCUUGAGUCUUGUUGCACAGUCAGUGUGCACCAGUCUGCAAUGUCAUGUGUUCUAGUUUGCUAAUGCUGCCGGAAAGCAAAACACCAGAGGUGGACUGGCUUUUAUAAAAGGGGGUUUAUUUGGUUACACAGUUAAGGCCAUAAAGUGUCCAAGGUAAGGCAUCAACA